GAGGAUCGAUUCAAAUACUUUUACAUGGCGUUCGGUUGUAGUAUCCGUGCAUUUCAACAUCAUAUUCGACCGGUUAUUUGUAUUGAUGCUGCUUUCUUAAAGGGUCGAUAUCUGGGUCAACUAUUUAUUGCUGUCGCAUUAGAUGGGAAUAAUCAAAUAUAUCCGCUUGCUUUUGGGAUUGGUCCCCGGGAAGAUCAUGACACAUGGUGCUGGUUUUUAACGAAGGUGCGGGAUUGUAUUGGUGAGGUACCUCAGUUGGCCAUCAUUUCAGAUCGACAUGUCAGCAUAUUUUCUGCAUUGGCUGAAGUUUUUCCUGGUGUGCAUCACGGUUAUUGUUGUCACCAUCUCCAUUGUAACAUGCGGUCCAAGUACAAAAAGAAUGCUAAAGUCGCAUGGAUGUAUUGGAAAGCAGCCAAGGCGUACACUGAAUUUGAAUUCCAACAGGUCAUGAAGUCACUGUCCCGUUUGCACCCUGAGGCAACUGCAUACUUGCAUGAAGUGAGUUUUGAUCGAUGGGCACGAGCAUAUUUUCCAGGGCAUAGGUACAAUGUAAUGACUACCAAUAUUGCUGAGUCAUUUAAUGCCUUAGUCAAACAUGCUCGAGGUUUACCUAUUACUAUGCUGAUCGAGUUCAUUAGAGGUACAUUACAGCGAUGGUUUUAUGAAAGAAGAAAUCAUGCCAAUGCUUGUACCAGUCCAGUCACACCUUGGGUUGAAGAUAAGAUCGCAAAACGUGUACGAAAGUCAUCAAACUUAGAAGUGCGUCCUAUAACAACUGAGCGAUACCAGGUUCUUGGUAGUGGCCAAUGCUAA